AUGAGUAUUGCCAAGGGGACGAUUCUGGUCACUGGCGCCAAUGGAGGCCUUGGGGUCGCUAUUGCAAACCAGAUCGCGUCCGAACCUGAGUUGGCCGGGUUCCAUGGCGUCUACGUGGUUCGCGACGCCGCAGCGCCCGCCCUCAGGCCAAUACUCGCAACAACAUCGCACUCUCACGAGAUAGUCUCGAUGGAAUUGACAAAUCUCGACAGCGUGCGCCAAGCCGCUGGCACGAUCAAUACCCGAAUUGCCUCUGGAGGCAUACCGCCUAUCCAGGCGCUUAUACUCAAUGCUGGGUUCCAGGACUUUGGCAAACAAGUCUGGACAGAGGAUGGCUUUGACGUCACCUUCAGUGCGAACUACCUCGGCCAGUUCCUACUGACGCUUCUCUUGCUCAAGAGUAUGAACAAGGACUCUGGGCGUAUAGUGCUGGUGGGAAGUGAGGUCCACGAUCCUUACGAUAAACGCAAUGAAGAAGGCCAGGUUUACACCGAUGACAGGUAUAAGACUAUUGUGCACGACCAGGCCGGAUUCGAAGCAAUAGCCAGAGGCACUUGGAGCUCUGCGCAGGAGGACCCGUCAUGGCGCAGCGGCUCCCGUCGUUACGGCGCGGCUAAACUCUUCUCUAUCAUGAUGAAUGAUGACGGGUAUGACGCGCCGCGCGUCGUGGUCAUCCGCGUCUUGGUUUUCAAGAUCAUCUAUCCGGUUGUCGCAUAUCUGUGGCCGGACGGGCAAGUGCGUAGCACACAGAAGUCGGCAUCGCAAGUCCUUCGCGCGGCAUUUGAUCCAAGCCUAGGCGAGUUUCCAAAGGGCUUGUAUUUCUUCGAUACAAAGCUGCUAGAAACCAGCGCCGAAUCCAAGGAUCAACAGAAGCGCAAGAUGAUCUGGAAAGAGAGCAUACGAUAUGCGCAUGUGAAGGAGGGCGAGACGAUUCUGAAUGAUUGGCAGUGA